GGCUAUAUUUCUAUUUUGGUUUAAACCAGGCUUAGGUCAGUUUAGUUUAAGUUGAUUAGGAAUCUGUUUAAGCUAAAUUGAAAUAAGGUACUCUUAAACCUAAACAAGAGUGUCUGUGCAGAGCUUUACACUGGUUUAACAUCACAUCUUGAGGGUAUGUCUUCACUACCAAUGUGCUUUAACAUGGCUGUGUAGUCUCGGCACCAGUGCUGGGAGAGAGCUCUCCCAGCACUGUAAAAAAAACAAACAACCCACCCUCAUGAGGGGAGUAGCUGCCAGUGCUGGUGCACUGUCUACACUGCCACUUUACAGCGCUGAAACUUGCAUGGACUAGGACCCAAACCUGUGAAGAAAGCAAAGUAAUGAAACCAAAGACUUUUUGAACUGGAAUAAACGCCUUUUGGGAGACAGAUCUACUUCUGAACUGCCUUCACCAUUGCCACAUUGUUUUAUCUAAUGUGCUACAAGGAUGAGCCCAGCAUUUGGAGCUAUGGAAGUGGAGCACUAUGCCAAGGGAGUCCUGCUCGAGCCUUUUGUCCACCAGGUUGGGGGUCACUCCUGUGUCCUCCGAUUUAAUGACAAGACCAUCUGUAAACCCCUCAUCCAGAGGGAACACCAAUUCUAUGAGACUCUCCCAACAGAAAUGCGUAAAUUCACUCCACAGUAUGAAGGUGUGGUGUCGGUGAGCUUUGAAGAGGAUGAAGAUGGAAAUCUGUGUCUAAUAGCCUAUCCAUUAAAUGGGGACCAUGAUAACUUGGAAAGCAUAGAUAAUUCUGACUGUGAACCCAAAAAUAAGUUGUUACGAUGGUCUAACAAAAAGACUGUAUUAUUAGAAAAUGACAAGAUAACUAAGGAAUGGGUCCGACAGCACAGGAAAGAGGAAAAAAUGAAAAGUCACAAAUUAGAGGAAGAAUUUGAGUGGCUGAAGAAAUCUGAAGUCUUGUAUUACAGUGUAGAGAAAAAGGGGAAUGUCAGUUCACAGUUUAAGCAUCAUAACCCUUGGAGUAUGAAAUGUCACCAGCAGCAGUUACGGCGGAUGAAGGAAAAUGCAAAACAUCGGAACCAAUAUAAAUUUAUCUUGCUGGAAAAUCUAACCUCUCGAUAUGAAGUGCCAUGUGUGUUGGACCUUAAAAUGGGAACCCGGCAGCAUGGAGAUGAUGCAUCAGAAGAGAAGAAAGCUAACCAGAUCCGGAAGUGUCAGCAGAGUACUUCAGCGGUUAUUGGGGUCCGAGUGUGUGGCAUGCAGGUCUUCCAGACGGGCACUGGCCAGUUAAUGUUCAUGAAUAAAUACCAUGGGCGAAAGCUUUCAGUCCAAGGAUUUAAAGAAGCACUUUACCAGUUCUUUCAUAAUGGCAAAUACCUGCGCAGGGAACUCUUUGAACCAGUUAUAAAGAAAUUGACUGAACUCAAAUCUGUCUUAGAAAAACAGGAGUCUUACCGUUUCUAUUCCAGUUCCUUGCUUAUCAUUUAUGAUGGCAAGGAGUUGCAGGAAGUGACUGUGGACUCAGACCCAGAGGACUUAGAGGAUCUCUCAGAGGAGUCUUCGGAUGAAUCAGCUGGAGCAUAUGCAUACAAGCCCACUGCUAGUACUGUUGAUGUCCGUAUGAUAGACUUUGCCCACACAACCUGCAAGUACUAUGGGGAAGAUAGUGUGGUGCAUGAGGGCCAAGACACAGGUUAUGUUUUUGGACUUCAGAACUUAAUAGGUAUUAUUAAAGAAAUAAGAGACGAAAACAGCGAAUAAACAGUUUGAAUGCACAUCAGUAGAAAGCA